AUGGAUCCGCGCGUGGCCUGGAUCCAGCCCGAGCAGAAGGGGCCGGCCAAUGCCCUGUGGAUGCAGAUCUGGGAGACCUCGCAGGGCGUGGGCCGCGGCGGCUCCGGCUUCGCGUCCUACUUCUGCCUCAACUCGCCGGCUCUGGACACGGCGGCCGCGCCCGGGGCUGCGGGACGCGCAGCAGCAGCAGCAGCAGCGGCAGCAGCAGCGGGAGGAGGAGGAGGAGGAGGCCCGGGGCCGGCGCCCGCCGCGUCGCCCCCACCGCCUGCACCCGGUCCCGCCGCCGCGCUGCCCCCGGCUCUGCUGACGGCGCUCGGGCCCGCGGCGGACGGCGCGCGGCGCCUGCACAAGUCCCCGUCGCUGUCGUCGUCCUCGUCCUCGUCGUCGUCGUCCAACGCCGAGUCGGGCACCGAGAGCCCCGGCUGCUCGUCGUCGUCGUCCUCCAGCAGCACCUCGCUCAGCCGCGCGAGCGGCGGCCGCACCUUCUUCAGCUUCGCCGACGGCGCGGCCCACGCGCACCCGGGCCCACGCGGCCCCGCGCCCGCCGGCUCGCCGCCGCCGCCGCCGCCGCAGCAGCAGCAGCACCAGUUCCACCCGGGCCGGCGGAAACGCGAGAACAAGGCCAGCACGUACGGCCUCAACUACCUGCUGUCCGGCAGCCGCGCGGCCACGCUGAGCGGAGGGGGCGGCCCCGGGGCCCAGGCGGCAAGGCCCGGCACGCCGUGGAAGAGCCGCGCGUACAGCCCGGGCAUCCAGGGGCUUCAUGAGGAAAUAAUUGACUUUUAUAACUUCAUGUCCCCUUGUCCUGAAGAGGCAGCCAUGAGAAGGGAGGUGGUGAAACGGAUCGAAACGGUGGUGAAAGACCUCUGGCCGACAGCUGAGGUGCAGAUAUUUGGCAGCUUUAGUACAGGUCUCUAUCUUCCAACAAGUGACAUAGACCUGGUUGUCUUUGGAAAGUGGGAGCGUCCUCCAUUACAGCUGUUGGAACAAGCCCUUCGGAAGCACAACGUGGCUGAGCCGUGCUCCAUCAAAGUCCUUGACAAAGCUACAGUGCCAAUCAUAAAGCUCACAGACCAGGAGACUGAAGUCAAAGUCGACAUUAGCUUUAACAUGGAGACUGGUGUCCGGGCGGCCGAGUUCAUCAAGAAUUACAUGAAGAAGUACUCGCUACUGCCGUACUUGAUUUUAGUGUUGAAGCAGUUCCUCCUGCAGAGGGAUCUGAACGAAGUCUUCACGGGAGGCAUCAGCUCCUACAGCCUCAUCUUAAUGGCCAUCAGCUUCCUGCAGUUACAUCCAAGAAUUGACGCCCGGAGAGCUGACGAAAACCUUGGAAUGCUUCUUGUAGAGUUUUUUGAACUUUAUGGAAGAAAUUUUAAUUACUUGAAAACUGGUAUUAGAAUAAAAGAAGGAGGUGCCUAUAUCGCCAAAGAAGAGAUUAUGAAAGCCAUGACCAGUGGGUACCGACCGUCGAUGCUGUGCAUUGAGGACCCCCUGUUGCCUGGAAACGAUGUCGGGCGGAGUUCCUACGGGGCCAUGCAGGUGAAGCAGGUGUUUGACUAUGCGUAUAUCGUGCUCAGCCACGCUGUGUCACCGCUCGCCAGGUCUUACCCCAACAGGGAUUCUGAAAGUACUUUAGGAAGAAUCAUCAAAGUCACCCAGGAAGUGAUUGACUACCGGAGGUGGAUCAAAGAAAAGUGGGGCAGCAGAAUCCUUCCAUCUCCAGAGCUGGACAACAGGAUUAAGAUAAAGGAGAGAAUCAACACUUGCAAUGGAGAGCAGAUGAAGAGCCGGGAGCCCAGCUCCCCUUACAGCCAGCGCCUGACUCUGUCCCUGUCCAGUCCCCAGCUGCUCUCCUCAGGCUCUUCUGCUUCUUCCGUGUCCUCACUCUCUGGAAGUGAUAUUGACUCAGAUGCACCAGCCUGCACCACACCCAGUGUUUGUCAGUUCAGCCUACAAGCACCCACCACCCUAAUGGCCAGCCUGCCCACAGCCUUGCCAAUGCCCAGCAGCAAACCUCAGCCUGCUGCUUCCAGAACAUUGAUCAUGACAACGAACAAUCAGACCAGGUUUACUAUCCCCCCGCCGACCCUCGGAGUUGCCCCUGUUCCUUGCAGACAGGCUGGUGUUGAAGGAACCACAUCUCUGAAGGCUGUUCACCAUGUGACUUCCCCGGCCAUCCCCUCGGCGUCCCCCAAUGCACUGUCCAGUCCUCACCUGUAUCACAAGCAGCACAGUGGCAUGAAACUGUCCAUGAAAGGCUCCCACAACCACACCCAGGGUGGAGGCUACAGCUCUGUGGGCAGUGGAACCGUGAGGCCUCCUGUUGGCAACCGAGGACACCACCAGUACAACCGCACUGGCUGGAGGAGGAAAAAGCACGCGCACACGAGGGACAGCCUGCCUGUGAGUCUCAGCAGAUAAUGGCUCCUGGCUGCUCCCACCCCAGACUGCCCAUCGGCCUCGGGUCCCGCAGGGAACUGAGACCAGCAUCCAGCACCUCCACCGUGGCUGCCGAGUGCCGCCCAGCACUGGUCACUCUGCAUGUUUGUGUGGUGGCCGCAUCCAUCUUACAGAGCAGCUCCAUGUGCUCAUCUGUGAAGCCUUACUACACGUGGAUGUGCGUCUGCCUGCCUAGAAGUCUUCGUCCGUGCCCACCAGGGCGGCUCAGGAGUGGCAGGGACCGGAUGUGCUCGU